GGUCGCUGAGGUCCCGGAGAGUUUUACCUUAGUACUUGCUUGUUUCCUCCCCUGCCGCUCUGACCUCGGCUCCCGCUGGCGCGGCCAUCGGAACGCACAUCCUUGCCCCUCGCUCCCCGCCCGCGGUCCGGCUGGGGUCCGAACUCCUCCCCUGGUUGGGGUGGUGUCGGCUUCUGACGGGCUGCAGAGGGAAGCCGGCUGUGUGCGCGGGAAAGGGCAGUCCUUUGUUGUUGUUUUGUUGUUAUAUAUGCCACUUCAGUUCCUUUGUUAAAUGUGGAGGAAACACAUUCAUAAGGGUUGACUUCAAAAUAAACGCGGGCUUGCUGAAUAACUGUUGUCUCCCGCUUCAGCAUGAACUGUAAAUUUAUAUGGCCUUUCACAGAGGGACGACACCGUUGCCACACACACAAAAAAGACAAGGCUUAAAAUUUUAGCCGUCGUUCACUAGAGGAAACGAAAGGGAAAUUGAGCGGACACAGGGAGUCAGGCUUCUGUUUGUUCGAUGAUGAGCUGGUGCUUUCAGUUUAUUGUAUGUAUUGGUUUUCCGACCUUGGAUUUUGAGAAACUUUAAAUUUAAAUAUUUAUUAAAAGCCUAUAGGUGAAAAGGAGCACUGGUGGGGCAGUGGUUAAGAGCGCCGAUGCUAACCGAAACGUCGGUAGUUUGAACCAGCAGCCGCUCCUUGGGAACCCUAUGGGGCAGCUCUACUCUGUUCUUCAGGGUCGCUAUCAGUCGGAGUCGACUCUACGGCAGCCGGUUUGGUGUUUGGUUAUAGACGCAAAGCCCUUAUAGAAGCAGCUUCCAGUUCUUCAACCUCUCCUUGCCUUCUCAAAAUUAGAACCACGAUUUAUUAUCCUGUAUUAGUUUGAGGCAUUGUGAUUACAAUUGGUUUAAAAAAAAAAAAGUGUCAAAUAAGGCAGAAAAGCCCAUGAAUUUCAAAAAAACAAGUCAGAAAUUUGAUGAAAGUGAAAAUAUUAAAUUUGAGACAUUUUAAUCAGUGCUGUUUCUAGUAUGUCUCAGCAGGGCAAGGAGAAGGAUAUGAAAUGUCUACUUGCAUUUGGAAGGAGAAAGGGCACUGUGGGCCAGGCAGUUUCUAGAAUGUGAGUUCAUGAAGAUUUGGGAAAUGAGUGCUCAAGAAUAGUCAUAAAAUGAAUAAUUAUUUUUCAGAUUAAUUCAUAUCGUGACCACAGCUGUUUUGCAUUUUUCCAUGCUAGGCUGUAGGUUCUUUGAGCAAGAGACUGUCAUGUACCUCUGUGGAUCUCCGUGGACCCUAGCCAGUGGGGAAUCUGGCACUCAAUAACAUGUUUAUUGAAUUAAUAAACCUGUGAAUGAAGGAAAUCAGAUGCCAUUGCUGAAAACUCCUUCAGGAAUUUCCCCCUGUUGAUGAGGUCAAAAACAACCUCUGUCGAUAUUCAACCAGCAUGCCUUGGACUUUAUUGUGGGAAGACCCUAUUAUUUAAAAAUGGCUCAAUUCCAGUAUAUGGAGAAUGUGGGGUGUGCCCAAGAGGACAGAGAACAGAUGCACAGAAACAUUGUCAACCUUGUACAGGGUCUCCAGAACUUUACGAUUGGCUAUAUCUUGGAUUCAUGGCUAUGCUGCCUCUUGUUUUGCAUUGGUUCUUCAUCGAAUGGUACUCAGGGAAAAAGAGUUCCAGUGCACUUUUCCAGCAUAUCACUGCGUUAUUUGAGUGCAGCAUGGCAGCUAUUAUCACCUUACUUGUGAGUGAUCCAGUUGGUGUUCUUCAUAUCCGUUCAUGUCGAGUAUUGAUGCUUUCUGACUGGUACACAAUGCUUUACAACCCAAGUCCAGAUUAUGUUACCACAGUGCACUGUACUCAUGAAGCUGUCUACCCACUAUACACCAUUGUAUUUAUCUAUUAUGCAUUUUGCCUGGUAUUAAUGAUGCUGCUCCGACCUCUUCUGGUAAAGAAGAUUGCUUGUGGGUUAGGGAAGUCUGAUCGAUUUAAAAGUAUUUAUGCUGCACUUUACUUCUUCCCAAUUUUGACUGUGCUUCAGGCAGUUGGUGGAGGCCUUUUAUAUUAUGCUUUUCCAUACAUUAUAUUAGUGUUAUCUCUGGUUACUUUGGCUGUGUACAUGUCGGCUUCUGAAAUAGAGACUUGCUAUGAUCUUCUGGUCAGAAAGAAAAGACUUAUUGUUCUCUUCAGCCACUGGUUACUUCAUGCCUAUGGGAUAAUCUCCAUUUCCAGAGUGGACAAACUAGAGCAAGAUUUACCUCUUUUGGCUUUGGUACCCACACCAGCCCUUUUUUACUUGUUCACUGCAAAGUUUACCGAACCAUCAAGGAUACUCUCAGAAGGAGCCAAUGGCCACUGAAUGUAAAAUGCCAAAAAACCUUAAAAGUAUUCUUAGUGAAAAAGGAAAGAAUAAAAAACGUAUUAGUACUUUCUGCCUCACACGGGAACAAGACUGUCAGUGUAUCUUAAUGUUUUUUUGACUUAACAGACUUUAUGGCUCAACUUGGAAAAUACAAAAUACCAUAAUACUCUGUUUGCUGCUCUCUUUUACACUAGAAGCCUCCUGAGAAGCACUUGCCUCUCUCAACAGUUCAGUUAUUUCUUAGAGCAAAGUCAUGUUUCUGUGUAUCCAGCAGUGUGUAGCUCUCAUUUUUAUUUAAUUAUGAAAAACCUUCAGUGUAAUCUGAAAGCGGCAGUGGCAUAAUUGUGCAUGUAUUGCGUUUCAAUUUGUUUUUCACCUCUGAUGAAUUAUAAAUGUGGGGUCUGAUAGCAGACAUGGACAUAAAGUAUGUCGGGUUUUGUUAUCUAUUUAUUUUCACCAAUACAGUAUUUUGAUACCUUACAAAAACAAAAUAGUUUCUAUAGAACAGGUUUUCUCUGUAGAUAAUUUGGUUGGAGACUUGUUCAGAUUAUUGUACCUUUAAAGAAAAAACAUAAUUAAAAGCUUAAUUAUAAAACA